GCCCGCACUCUCCACUAUCCAAUAACGUAACAACAAACUCACUUACUUUUUUCUUUUAUCUUAAUCUUCAAUAAAUAACCACUCACUCACUUUACCAACUCAUUCAAAAUUCGAAAUCCAUGGCACAACCCCAACUCAACGGCGCCUACUACGGCCCCUCCAUUCCGCCGCCGCAACAGAAAUCCCACCACCGCCCAACCCACAACGACAACGGCGGAGGCGGCUGCGGCCUCUGCUCCUGCUUCUGCGGCUGCUUCCGCUGCUGCUGCGGCUGCAUCGCCAACUGCAUCCUCGGCCUCAUCUGCAAGAUCCUCACCACCAUCAUCAUCAUCGCCGCCGUCGCCGGCUUCCUCUUCUGGCUAAUCGUCCGCCCCAACGUCGUCAAAUUCCGCGUCACCGAAGCCUCACUCACUGAAUUCACCUACACCAACAACACUCUCCACUACAAUCUCGCCCUCAACAUCACCGUCCGAAACCCUAACAGCAGAGUCGGCCUCUACUACGACUCCAUCGAAACGACGGCGUUUUACCACGACGCGCGAUUCGCUUCACAAAACCUCGGGAACUUCUUCCAACACAAAAAGAACACCACCGUGCUCAGCCCUGUGUUCAAGGGUCAGCAAGUGGUGCCGUUCAGCGAGGAACAGGGGAAGAAGCUGAAUGAGGAUCAGGGAUCUGAGAUUUACCGCAUCAAUGUGAAGCUGUUGCUGAAAGUUAGAUUCAAAUUGGGUUUGUUCAAGACUGGGAAGGUUACUCCCAAGGUUCGUUGUGAGUUGCAUGUGCCUCUGAAAUCACGGAAUGGAACCGUUUCUGGGGCUGGAUUUCAGGCUACUGGCUGCGAAUGGUGGAUACAUUAGAUCUAGUCUGCUGUAUCACACCGCAAUUUUAUUUUUUGUUAUUUUUUUCAUGAUCUUGACCUACAUUGCCUUUUAGGUGAUUUUUAAUUUUUUUUAUGAUAUUUGUUUGAUCCUUGGUGGAUGGAUUUUAUGAAUUUUGUUAUUUUA